UAUUUCUUAUUUCUCGUAUCGUUCACUUCCACAGAUUCAAUUAUUGUUCUAUAACGUUUUGUGACUAUAGUCUAUUCAGUUUUGUUAAUUUUAUCCAUUGAAAAUAAUCUUAUCGCUAAAGAUUAUAUCGGACAAUCGGUGCAUUAUACUCGUCAAGCUCUUCAGUGCAGCGGCGAAUUAUUACUACAAUAACAACAGCCAUAUGACGCGAGGCCAGUAACAUCUGCUAACUAGUAACAAAUACAGACAACAUGUCCUCGAAGGCCAUACACGAAGCAACCGGCAAGGACCUUAUAAACAGGCAUAUAGCGGCUGGUACAGCGCUGGUGCCGAGCCGGUUCGCCACCUUCGAACAGAGCACCGUGUGGGAGGAUGAACUCGGGAAGAACCCGUGGCUCGCUAAGGAGCAACUGGUAGUGAAGCCGGACCAGUUAAUAAAGAGGCGCGGCAAGUUGGGCCUGGUGGGUGUGAACAAGACGGCGGCAGAGGUCCGCAAGUGGCUGGGAGAGUUCAUGGGCCGGGAGCAGCAGGUGGGCGCCGCCGUCGGCAAGCUGAGACACUUCAUCGUGGAGCCAUUCGUCAGACAUGACCAGAACGAGGAGAUGUACCUGUGCAUCCAGUCGGGGCGGCGGUCGGACACCAUUCUGUUUCACCAUCAGGGAGGCGUCGACGUAGGAGAUGUGGACGCGCUCGCUGUCAGGCUAGAGGUGCCCGUGGACACAUUCCCUACCGGCGAGGAGAUCGACCAGAUCCUACUCAAGAACGUCAAGUCACAAACAGUCAGAAGAAUACUAACCCUGUUCAUACAUUCACUAUACCGGGUGUAUGUGGACCUGUACUUCACAUAUAUGGAGAUAAAUCCCAUCGUGGUGACCAACGAGCGGAUCUACCUCCUAGACCUGGCGGCAAAGCUGGACCAGACCGCAGACUUCAUAUGCGCCAAGAGUUGGGGCUCGGUGGUGUUCCCGCCGCCGUUCGGACGGGACGCGUACCCUGAGGAAGCGCAUAUAGCGGAUCUGGAUGCGAAGAGUGGGGCCAGUUUGAAGCUGACGGUACUCAACAAGUGCGGGCGGAUCUGGACGAUGGUGGCGGGCGGCGGCGCAUCCGUGGUGUACACGGACACGGUGUGCGAGCUGGGCGGCGCGGCAGAGCUCGCCAACUACGGCGAGUACUCGGGCGCGCCCACGGAGACGCAGACCGCAGACUACGCCAAGACCAUCUUCAGUCUCAUGUGCCGGGAGAAGCAUCCCAACGGGAAGGUGCUAAUAAUAGGCGGCGGUAUUGCCAACUUCACGAACGUGGCGGAUACGUUCCGCGGCAUCAUCACGGCCAUAGAGACGUACAAGGACGCGCUCAUACAGUACAAUGUCACCAUAUUCGUGAGGAGAGGGGGGCCCAACUAUCAGGAGGGACUCAGACAAAUGCGCGAGGUGGGCCAGCGGCUGCGCAUCCCGCUGUAUGUGUUCGGCCCGGAGAGCAACAUGACGGCCAUCGUGGGGCUCGCGCUCGGACACUCGCCCAUACCCAAGGAGCACCAGCUCGACUACGCGCCCAAGCAGCUGCCCAGGCCGCAGCCCCACCCCAAACCGAAAUUGGAGAUCCCGGAACUGACGCACAAGCUGUUGGACCUGGUGUGCUCGCAGGCGCCCACCAAGAUGGACCUCGGCCAGCAGACCUCCACUGCUAAGCCGCUGUUCUCGGACCGCACCAAGGCCAUCAUAUGGGGCAUGCAGAACAGGGCCAUACAGGGUAUGCUCGACUUCGACUACAUAUGCCGGCGGUCGGAGCCGUCCGUCGUGGCCAUAGUGUACCCAUUCACAGCUGACCAUAAACAAAAGUAUUACUUUGGGAACAAAGAGGUCUUCAUACCAGUAUUCUCGGAUAUGGACGUGGCAAUGCGUAAACAUCAAGAAGCCACCGUGCUUGUUAACUUCGCGUCCCUGCGUUCCGCCUACGACUCCACGCUGCAGGCAAUGCAGCAUCCACAGAUCAACACGGUGGUGAUCAUAGCUGAAGGUAUACCUGAGAACAUGACGAGGAAGCUCAUCAAACUCGCAGACGCCAGAGGGGUGAACAUAAUAGGACCGGCGACUGUGGGCGGCAUCAAACCGGGAUGUUUCAAGAUCGGUAACACAGCAGGAAUGAUCGACAACAUUGUGGAGAGCAAACUGUACAGGGCCGGCAGCGUGGCAUAUGUGUCCCGUUCGGGAGGUAUGAGUAACGAACUCAACAAUAUACUUUCUAAGAAUGCGGACGGCGUCUGCGAGGGGGUCGCCAUCGGCGGCGACAGAUACCCAGGGACGACCUUCAUCGACCAUCUGCUCAGAUUCGAAGCAGACCCGGCGGUGAAGAUGCUGGUUCUGCUGGGAGAGGUGGGCGGUGUUGAAGAGUAUCACGUGUGCAGGGCCAUCCGCGACGGACUCAUCACCAAGCCCAUGGUGGCCUGGUGUAUCGGCACCUGUUCCGAUAUGUUCACAUCGGAGGUACAGUUCGGGCACGCGGGUUCGCUCGCCGGCUCGGCACUCGAGAAGGCCGCCGCCAAGAACGCCGGCCUGCGAGCGUACGGCGUCACGGUGCCGGAAUCAUUCGACAGUCUCGGCAACGCAGUCAACAGCGUGUACAAGAGUCUGGUGAACGCCGGCAAGAUCAUCGUCAAGGAGGAGGUGGAACCGCCGAAGGUGCCCAUGGACUAUGACUGGGCGAGGAAAUUAGGCAUUAUUCGCAAACCAGCGGCGUUCAUCAGCACGAUAUGCGACGAGCGCGGCCAGGAGCUGAGCUACUGCGGCGUGCCCAUCAGCCAGGUGCUGGAGAGGCAGCUGGGUGUCGGCGGUGUUAUCAGUUUGCUGUGGUUCCAGCGCGAGCUGCCGGAGUGGGCGUGCAAGUUCUUCGAGCUGGUGCUGAUGGUGACGGCGGACCACGGGCCGGCCGUGUCCGGCGCACACAACACCAUGGUCACCGCGCGCGCAGGGAAGGACCUCAUCUCCUCCGUCGUCAGUGGACUCCUCACCAUAGGCGACCGGUUCGGAGGCGCGUUGGACCGCGCCGCGGCUGACUUCUGCGCCGCGCACGACCGCGGACUACAUCCGCAGGAGUUCGUCAACGACAAGCGCGCGCGCGGGGAACUCAUCAUGGGCAUCGGACACAGGGUGAAGUCGAUCAACAACCCCGACUCCCGCGUGCGCGAGCUGAAGUCGUUCGUGACGUCACGCUGGCCGGCCUGGCCGGUGACGCGGUACGCGCUGGACGUGGAGGCCAUCACCACGCGCAAGAAGCCCAACCUCAUCCUCAACGUGGACGGGAUCGUGGCCGCAGCCAUGGUCGACAUGUUCCGGCACUGCCAGCUGUUCACCACUGAGGAAGGCAACAAUUACAUCAACAUGGGAACAAUCAACGCGCUGUUCGUGCUUGGCCGCACCAUCGGUCUCGUGGGCCACUAUCUAGACCAGAAGAGGAUGAAGCAGCCACUGUACCGCCAUCCGUGGGACGAUAUCACCUACAUGUCGCCUCUCAACUGAGCGGCGACAUGUUACGCGCACCGGGCGGCCCCAGGUUUGGUUAGCAGGCCGCCGUUUCAUAUAGUUCAUAUUAGGUUACGUGACUGUAGAUAAAUAACACUAUUUAAUUUUAUUAUAAUAUAAGUAAUUGUGUAGGGCUUUUAUGUGACUAUUGUAAUUUUAAAUGAAAUUCUGUAAAUGAUAUUUGCAUGCAUGUAAGUUUUGCCACUGCCAUACAGCUAUAUUAUCUGUGCAGAAAGGUUUCAGCUGUAUAAAGUUUAAAAAUCGAAUUUAGAAUGUUAUAUCCGUCAUUAAUAAAAUUAUGCUUUUUUGUCACCACAGUCGUUUUUGACCUCUCAUCUGCGAAGGAGCCAAUUAUUGUAGUCGGACACUAU